UAUAUCAUUAGUCCAUUACAGAAGUUCAUUGGUAAAUCUGUGGAUUACUCUGUUAAUAUGUGUUGUAUUUGGUCAAGCAGUAAAACUGAGGCAGCAGAAGGAGCAGCUGGAGCCUUUGGUCCAGGAGGAGGACCGGGAGGAGGAGAUCAGUGGAGCCCAGUUCCUCUGUGAGACCGUCAUCCGCUCCCUCACCUUAGAGGAGGCCCCUGAUCACAGACCCCUGCGCAGGGCCCUGCACAGCAGCCAUAAACCUCAGAUUAUGUCGCGGGGCACCAGCUUUUGCUUGGAGAGGGUUGUAGAGGCUGAGCAGACCACAGAGACAGUACAGGAGGGAAGUGAGGAGAUCUGUGCUGUUAGACUGGAGAGUUCAGCUCUGCCUGUCAACACAGGCCUCAACCAGAUCACAGAGGAAGAGGAGACCAGACCAGUUUUGCAGGAACCAGCAAAUGAAAACCUGCAUACGAGUUCACAUCAUGAUAUCGAGAACGAAGAAGUCAUUGAUGACAUGCAAAACAUGGCAGAAAUUCAAGAGGAGAAAGAGGAGGGUGGAACUAAAGGAGAAGACUGGGAGGAGGUCAGCAGUCAGACCUCCUCAGUCUCCUCCUGCGACGAUUACAUCAUCAUCCUCCCAGACUGCUUUGACACCAGCCGGCCUCUGGGGGAGUCCAUGUACAGCUCCGCCAUGUCACAGCCGGACCCCGCCCCCACCGCCGCUGCUGCUGCUGAUGAUGAUGUGACCCCAGCCGAUCCGGACGCACUGCAGGAGGAAGAGGAAGAGGAAGACUCCAACUCGGGGCCGGAUGACGUGGCCCCGCUGAGAGAGAGGCAGGAGGCAGUGGAUGCAGAGGAUUUGUCUGUGAACACGUGGCCCCUGCCCAUCCCCCCCCCCCACAGCAGUGUGAACCAGAUGCUGUGCGCCUCCCAAACCCUGGACGCCGUGACACUCACGCCUGUAGUGGUGCCUCCACCAGUGCUGCCUGACCCCCUGCUGCCCCCCCCCACACUCUACUCACCCAGGUCUGAGGCACUGUACCUGGCCGAGGAUCCCAGUCCUCCAGCCUGUGAUCCAUAUGAGCCACAUCAACCGAGGGUCCACCUAAAUGUAUCAUCUGGUCUGUCGAGAUCAGCAGGCUCAGCAUCCAGUGCCUUUGAGACAUACAACCCCAGACCCAGCAACGCUUUGCAGCCAAGGGGCCAAGGAGGCAUCACCGAGGGACUUGUCAAAGGGGCCCUCUCUGUGGCAGCGUCCGCUUAUAAAGCUCUCUUCACAGGACCAAACUGCUCAAUACAGCGAGGCAUCGACCCGGCCACCCGGCAGGACCCUUCCCUGAUGGCCAUGCUGCUGGAGAUGGGCUUCAGAGACCAGCGGCUCAACCAGCGGCUGCUGAGGAAGCACGGCUACAGCCUGCUGCACACCGUCAACGAGCUGGUGCAGAUCGCCGAGGACAACCAGAGCAAAGCUGUCAAUGCUCCGCACUGAGCCAGGGAAACGCUACUCUAAAAAGAAAUGUAUUUGACUUUUAAACAUUACGUCAAGAGAAUAUUAAGAUUAUGACCUGCGUAUAUAUCACCCUUUCCAGUGUCUAGAUUUGUUCUAAAUUGUGUAAAGAAAGAUGUUUAUGAUUCGUGCUAUUCAAUACUUUUCCAAAGGGUGGAUGGUUAUUUAGAAACUGAUAAUAAGACGGCAAUGUCUCUAAAGAGGAAUUAUUUCUUGGACUUGUUCAUCGGAGAGAAAAUAGAUAUUAGGCGCUUUCACACCGCAGUACUUUUCCCACAAAGUUUUAUCAGACUUAGUUCAUGAGAACUCUUUAGUUCUGAUGAACUAAAGAGCAG